AUGGCGCUACUCCUCGACGGAUUGACCCAGGUAAGCAUUCCGGAGCAGAAGGAGUUGGACGAUGGGAGCGGUGUUUUCCCGCUCGCGCUCGCGCCGUGCGCAGGGACGACCAUGACUGCGAGCCAGCUUGGCCAGUGGACGAAGAGACACACCGCCAAGCUGCGGGAGUUGGCGAUGCGACACGGCGCAGUGCUCUUCCGGGGCUGCAGAGUUCGCGGUGCCCAGGAUUUUGCCGCGAUGUCUGGCUCUGUGGACUGCGAGGGCUAUGACUACAUCGGCGGCGCGGCGCCGCGGACGGAGCUCGUGCCCGGCCUGGUCUUCACCUCGAACGAGUCGCCGCCAGACCAGCCGAUCCCUUUCCACCAUGAGCUGGCGCAAUCGCCAGAGCCGCCGUCUUACAUCCUCUUCCACUGCGAGACCGCCUCGGCGGAGGGCGGUGCUACACCUAUUAUCCACUCGGAGGAGGUUGCAAAGUUCUUCGAAGCAACCUACCCAGAGUUCGCCGGCAAGGUGGCGGCGCUGGGUGUGCGCUACAUCCGAGUGAUGCCAGAGGUGACGGACCCCACCUCUGCACAGGGCCGCUCUUGGAAGGAGACGUACAACGUGUCCACGCGCGAGGAGGCCGAGAAGGCCAUGCGUCGGCAGGGCACGGAGUACGAGUGGCUGCCCAACGGCGACUGCCGGACAACGACGGCCAUCUUGCCGGCGCUCCGCGUGGAUGGGCGCACCGGGAAGCGUGUCUUCUUCAACUCCAUGAUCGCCGCCUUCACGGGAUGGAACGACUCGCGGAACGUGGGCGAGAAGGCGGUCGUGCUUGGCGACGGCUCGCCCGUGGACGCGCAGGCGAUGCGCGGGGUCGCCCAGUUCAUGCAGGAGCGGCGCGUGGCCUUCGAGUGGCACCAGGGCGACAUUCUCUUCAUAGACAACACCCUGGUGAUGCACGCGCGCGACACCUUCACGCCGCCGCGGCGCGUGCUCGCGUCCCUCCGCGGGCUGCCGCUCGCCGAGGCGGCGGUGCAGCCCGCGGUGCAGCCGGCGGCGGCACCCAUGCGCGUUGGGAUCAUCGGCACGGGCGCCAUGGGCAAGGAGCACAUUCGCAACAUCGAGCUGCUGGGCGAGGACGCGGCGGUCGUCGCCGCCGUCGCCGACUCCAGCGAGCAGGCCCGGCUGGAGGCGCUGCAGGAGCUUGGCAUGCUGGCCAGCAGGUGCAAGGUGUUCGAGAACUACGCAGACCUGCUCGCCUGCGAAGAGGUAGACGCAGUCGUCGUGUGCACGCCCAACUUCCAGCACAUCGAGGUGCUGCGCCUGGCGAUCCCGACAGGCAAGCACAUCCUGUGCGAGAAGCCGCUGUGCACGACCGUCCGGGACUGCGAGGAGGUGGAGCGGUUGCUCGAGGAGCAUGCCUCCGUGAGGGGCAUCUUCAUGACGGGCAUGGAGUACCGCUGGAUGCCACCGAUCCAGCAGCUCAUCCGCGAGACAGACAGCGGCAGCCUGGGAAGGCUGCACACGGUGACCAUCCGGGAGCACCGGUUCCCUUUCCUGGUCAAGGUGAACAAUUGGAACCGUUUCAACAAGUACACCGGUGGCACCUUGGUCGAGAAGGCCUGUCAUUUCUUCGACCUCAUGCGUCGGAUCGUUCGCAGCGAUCCAGUCACCGUGUAUGCCACGGGCGGCCAGGCCAUGAACCACAAGGACGAGGUCUUUGAAGAGGGCCAGCCCGACAUCAUUGACCACGCUUUCGUCUGCGUGGACUUUGCGAACGGCGCCCGCGGCAUGCUCGACCUGUGCAUGUUCGCGGAAGACGAGCAGACCGAGCAGGUGACUGCCGUCUGCGAGCUCGGCAAGGUCGAGGCGCGGGCGCCGGAGUCCACCGUCCGCAUCCUCCGGCGCAAGCAGAUCCGAGGCCUGGGCCGCACUCCCCCGGCACCCUCCGAGCGCGGGGUGGCGCAGGUGCACAACCUGCCCGUCCCCGCGGACCUGGCCAAGGCCGGCUACCAUGAGGGCGCCACGUUCUUCGAGCUCCGGGAGUUCGUGGCCGCGGCCAUGGGCAGGCAGGAGGUGCCGGUGUCCGCCCGCGACGGCAAGGUCGCGGUGAUGGUCGGCACGGCCGCGCAGCAGUCGAUCCUGACGGGCAAGGCCGUGCACCUCGCCGACGUCGCCACCGAGGCGCACGGCGCGGGGCAGCCCCAGGCCCAGGAGCCGUCCAUGAAGCUGCAGGUUUCGACGAGUGGCGCUCGACCCAUGGUUGUGCCAGCGUCCGGGGCAGCAGGGCCAGUGCCGCACAUCAAGUCCAAGCUGUGA